GACGGACCCGGGAUCUGUCCGAGCAGGAAGCUAGCAGGAUCCCGGUCGCCGCCGCCCCGUCUCAGAGCUUGUCCACGUCGUCGCCCUUUUUGCUCCACUUCAUCACCUUUCACCCCGCCCUUCACCUCUCCGGCCACAGGUAGCCUCCCUGCCGCGCACCUGCCCUCGCGUCCGCACCGGAGAUAGUGGACACUCCUUUCAAAAAUGGAGGAUGGAAAGCCUGUUUGGGCGCCACACCCUACAGAUGGAUUUCAGAUGGGCAAUAUUGUAGAUAUUGGCCCUGACAGCUUAACAAUUGAACCCUUGAACCAAAAAGGCAAGACAUUUUUGGCUCUCAUAAACCAAGUGUUCCCUGCAGAAGAUGACAGCAAAAAAAAUGUGGAAGAUAAUUGUUCACUAAUGUAUUUAAAUGAAGCCACUCUUCUUCAUAAUAUCAAAGUUCGAUACAGUAAAGACAGAAUUUAUACAUAUGUCGCCAACAUUCUGAUUGCAGUGAACCCAUACUUUGACAUACCUAAAAUAUAUUCUUCAGAAACAAUAAAGUCAUAUCAAGGAAAAUCUCUUGGGACAAUGCCACCUCAUGUCUUUGCAAUUGCUGAUAAGGCUUUUCGAGAUAUGAAGGUGCUCAAGAUGAGUCAGUCUAUCAUCGUAUCUGGAGAAUCAGGAGCUGGCAAAACAGAAAAUACAAAAUUUGUUCUAAGAUAUCUGACUGAAUCCUAUGGAACAGGACAAGAUAUUGAUGAUAGAAUUGUUGAAGCUAACCCACUCUUAGAAGCCUUUGGAAAUGCAAAGACUGUUCGCAACAAUAACAGCAGUAGAUUUGGAAAAUUUGUAGAAAUACAUUUCAAUGAAAAGAGUUCAGUUGUUGGAGGAUUUGUUUCACAUUAUCUUCUAGAGAAAUCUAGAAUCUGUGUUCAAGGCAAAGAGGAAAGGAAUUAUCAUAUCUUUUAUAGGUUGUGUGCUGGUGCUUCUGAAGAUAUUAGAGAAAAACUUCAUUUGAGCUCCCCAGAUAAUUUUCGGUAUUUAAACCGAGGCUGCACUAGAUACUUUGCUAACAAAGAAACUGACAAACAGAUUUUACAGAACCGAAAAAGUCCUGAGUAUCUUAAGGCAGGUUCCUUGAAAGAUCCUCUGUUAGAUGACCAUGGAGAUUUUAUUAGAAUGUGCAUAGCCAUGAAAAAGAUUGGUUUGGAUGAUGAAGAAAAGCUUGAUCUGUUCCGGGUAGUAGCUGGUGUCCUGCACCUUGGAAAUAUUGAUUUUGAGGAAGCCGGCAACACUUCAGGUGGUUGUAAUCUGAAGAAUAAAUCUGCUCAGGCAUUGGAAUAUUGUGCUGAAUUACUAGGUUUGGAUCAAGAUGAUCUUCGUGUAAGUUUAACUACAAGAGUCAUGCUAACAACAGCAGGGGGCACCAAAGGAACAGUUAUAAAGGUACCCUUGAAAGUGGAACAAGCAAACAAUGCUCGUGAUGCCUUGGCAAAGACUGUCUAUAGCCAUCUUUUUGAUCAUGUGGUAAACAGAGUAAAUCAGUGUUUUCCUUUUGAAACAUCAUCUUAUUUUAUUGGAGUCCUAGAUAUUGCUGGUUUUGAGUACUUUGAACACAACAGUUUUGAACAGUUUUGCAUCAACUAUUGCAAUGAAAAACUUCAACAAUUUUUUAAUGAAAGGAUUCUGAAGGAGGAACAAGAACUCUAUCAAAAAGAAGGUCUAGGUGUUAAUGAAGUACAUUAUGUGGAUAAUCAGGACUGUAUAGAUUUAAUUGAAGCAAAAUUAGUGGGGAUAUUGGAUAUUUUAGAUGAAGAAAAUCGCCUUCCCCAGCCAAGUGAUCAACACUUUACAUCUGCAGUUCACCAGAAGCACAAAGAACAUUUCCGACUCACUAUACCCAGAAAAUCCAAGUUGGCAAUUCAUAGGAACAUCAGAGAUGAUGAAGGCUUCAUUAUCAGGCAUUUCGCAGGGGCAGUGUGCUAUGAAACAACCCAAUUUGUGGAAAAAAAUAAUGAUGCUUUACAUAUGUCUCUUGAAUCCUUAAUAUGUGAAUCCAGGGAUAAAUUUAUACGAGAAUUAUUUGAAUCAUCCACAAAUAACAACAGAGAUACUAAACAAAAAGCAGGAAAGCUUAGCUUCAUCAGUGUGGGAAACAAAUUUAAGACACAAUUAAAUCUGCUUCUGGAUAAACUUCGAAGUACUGGUGCAAGCUUUAUUCGUUGUAUCAAACCUAAUUUAAAGAUGACAAGCCACCACUUUGAAGGUGCCCAAAUUUUGUCUCAACUUCAGUGUUCAGGUAUGGUGUCUGUUUUGGACUUAAUGCAGGGUGGUUUCCCAUCACGAGCUUCCUUUCAUGAACUCUACAACAUGUAUAAAAAGUAUAUGCCAGAUAAACUUGCAAGAUUAGACCCAAGACUGUUUUGUAAGGCUCUUUUUAAAGCUUUGGGCUUAAAUGAAGUUGACUACAAGUUUGGGUUAACGAAAGUAUUUUUUAGACCUGGCAAGUUUGCAGAAUUUGAUCAGAUUAUGAAGUCUGACCCUGAUCAUUUAGCAGAAUUGGUUAAAAGAGUCAAUCACUGGCUUAUCUGCAGUCGCUGGAAGAAAGUUCAGUGGUGCUCACUCUCAGUCAUCAAAUUGAAAAACAAAAUAAAAUAUCGAGCUGAAGCCUGCGUUAAAAUGCAAAAAACUAUUCGAAUGUGGCUUUGCAAAAGGAGACACAAACCUCGCAUCGAUGGCCUGGUUAAGGUGGGCACACUGAAAAAACGACUUGAUAAAUUUAAUGAAGUAGUAAGUGCGUUGAAAGAUGGAAAACCAGAGGUGAAUAAACAGGUCAAGGACCUUGAAAUUUCUAUUGAUGCUUUAAUGGCCAAAAUUAAGUCCACUAUGAUGACGAGGGAACAAAUACAGAGAGAAUAUGAUGCACUAGUUAAAAGCUCAGAGGAACUUCUCAGUGCAUUACAGAGAAAAAAACAGCAGGAAGAGGAAGCAGAAAGGCUGAGGCGUAUCCAGGAAGAAAUGGAAAAAGAAAGAAAAAGGCGUGAAGAAGAUGAACAACGUCGAAGAAAGGAAGAGGAGGAAAGGCGGAUGAAACUUGAGAUGGAAGCAAAGAGAAAGCAAGAAGAAGAAGAGAGAAAGAAAAGGGAAGAUGAUGAAAAACGUAUUCAGGCUGAAGUGGAGGAGCAGCUGGCCCGACAGCGGGAGGAGGAGUGCCAGCAGCAGGCGGUUCUGGAGCAGGAGCGCCGGGACCGCGAGCUGGCCCUGCGGAUAGCCCGGAGCGAAGCUGAGCUCAUCAGCGACGAGGCCCAGGCCGACCUGGCCCUCCGGAGAGGUCCUGCUGUACAAGCCACCAAGGCAGCUGCUGGUACCAAGAAAUAUGAUCUCAGUAAAUGGAAAUAUGCAGAACUACGUGAUACCAUCAAUACUUCUUGUGAUAUUGAGCUCCUGGCAGCUUGCAGAGAAGAAUUUCACAGGAGACUAAAAGUGUAUCAUGCAUGGAAAUCAAAGAAUAAGAAGAGAAAUACUGAAACAGAGCAACGUGCUCCAAAAUCUGUUACCGAUUAUGAUUUUGCACCAUUUUUGAACAAUUCACCUCAGCAGAACCCAGCGUCUCAGCUUCCUGCCAGGCAGCAGGAGAUCGAAAUGAACCGACAGCAACGCUUCUUCCGCAUCCCAUUCAUCCGCCCUGCUGACCAGUACAAAGACCCGCAGAAUAAGAAAAAAGGCUGGUGGUAUGCCCAUUUCGAUGGACCGUGGAUUGCCCGGCAAAUGGAACUCCAUCCUGACAAGCCACCCAUCCUUCUUGUGGCUGGUAAGGAUGACAUGGAGAUGUGUGAGCUGAAUCUGGAAGAGACAGGCCUGACUCGAAAGCGUGGUGCUGAGAUUUUGCCAAGACAGUUUGAAGAAAUUUGGGAACGCUGUGGAGGCAUCCAGUACCUCCAGAGUGCAAUUGAGAGCAGGCAGGCGAGGCCCACGUAUGCAACGGCCAUGCUGCAGAAUCUGUUAAAGUAGAUGGGGCAGCCUUACCUGCACUGGGAACCUGGGCGGUGGUUCUAGGUAGGGUGUGUGCCCCAGAGACCCAACCAUUCCAUGAUCAUGUUAGAACUACUUAUACAAAGUGAACAGAUUUUAGUAAUCAUGGCUUUUUGUUAAUUUCAGGUCAGUGAUGGUAGUGAAUUGGGGACUUAAACAUUAUUUUCCCUAUCCAGCUGUAACUCUUAAACUUCUCCUCAUUCUAAUACUUAUGAACACUUGGACAGAUUCUGACAUUUCUCAUUCUUUGUCAAUAGACUACCUUGAAGUCCAUCAUAAUUGUUCUCUAGGAAAAGAAAUUUUUUAAAAACUCAAAAUACUUGCUUUUGCAAGGAUGGCACAGAACCAUAUAGCUGGAAUAAUGAAACCUUAGCUUAAAGUUUCUUACAAAAGUUAAGACACUUAAAAUAAUCAAGGCACUGAUGUUUUGAUCUGAAAAGCUGUGUACUUUUAAAUUUACUUUUUCAGAAAUUCAUGGAAAUUUGCAUUGAAGGUGGACAUUUUUAUUUUUCCCCCCUCCUUUGUGGUGUGUCUUAAUUUGAGUAAAGCAAUUCACCCGAACUUCUAGAAUUCCAGAAAGAGCCUGAAUGUAUUUGAUGUACUCUGUGAUAAAGAAGGUACUCACAGUAUCAUGCACAGAUUUAUUUUUCUUUUCUAUCACAUUGUAUAGCUAUAGAAAAAUAUUUUCUUCUAUUCCAUGGACAAAGGAAAUUCAGACCAUUUAAAUGCUUAAAGGUUUUGAGAUAACUUGUUUCAUUUAGAAAAGGAAAUAGGUUUUUGGUGACACUGUGACUUAACUGGACUGAAUGCAGAUAUCCUUUCAGUUUCAUCUCAAUUGCGAUUUUUGUAUCAGAAUCUUGUCCAAGUUGUUUCAUAUGAUUUAAACUAGUGUUCUGCUGCAAAACAUCUUUGUUUUUAAAAAAUUCCUAGUGUCUUUUUUGGCCUUGAGAUUUUGGUAAUUGUAGAGCUGUUUUAUAAGCUUUGUGAUUCAAAAGUCCAAUACUUAGUAAGUAAUUGCUUAUUUCAUGUAACUGGUAAUUUUUUUUCUUUGUGUGGUGUUAGUUUUGAUCAAAUGUCAGCAGUUUCAAGCCUAAUAUUUAUGAUUUCAUGUUAGGAAUUUGGAGACAAAGCUACAUCAAGGAGUCAUGUUGACAUAAUCCUAAUGAGUCCUGUAUUUUAGAAUAAAAUUAGAAAAAUAAAAUUAUUCUUUGCACUUUUUCUCCCUGAUUUUUAAAGACCUUAACCUUUGAAAUGGAUUUCCAAUGAUUUUUUUUUUUCCUAGAAAGAGUACCUCAGUUAGGAAAAUAUUUCCCAGCUGAUUAGAUUAGUGCUUUUUGAGCCACAGACAGUGUUUUCAGAAUUGCUUCUCUCAUAAUAUGUGUCUUAGUACAGAAAUAUUUAUUUAUUAUGAUACUGUGCAAAUGAUUGUCUCCUGUUAAAGAAAUUAAAUGGUCCUGUCUGUGCUAUUGAGAAUGUGAAUAUGAUUAUCUUUUGAAGGCUGUAUUACUGCAGAGAUUCACCCACCCUUGGGUCAUUUGAUCCCUGUGAUUGGUGACAGAAGGUCUGGUUACUGCAAAUAAAUGACCUAUUCUCU